AUGCCGCCAAAGGCCAAGCAAAAGAAUACCGCAAAUCAGCACCGUCAUGAGAGCGGUUUGGCCAAACCCGCCCCUGGCAAGCGAGUCACCAAGCAGCGAUCCAACAACCACCUCCCCACCACCAAUGGUCAGGCAAACCACUCGCUCCCUGCUACCGCUACCGACGCUCUAAAUGACCCCGACAUCGCCGACGACUCGCCCGCUUCGCUGCCCGACGACGACAUGGCUGCAGUUACCACCGCAAGCAGCACUCCGCCCGUCACAGCUGCCCCCUCCGAGUCCUCUCGUCGCGUGUCCGAUGCCCCCGCCUACAGCUCCUCCGUCAAUACCUCCAAGCUUGCGGGACGUUCGGCCACCAGCAGUUUCUCUAUGGCCAUGACCAUCCUCAGCGCUCUCUUCGCCUCUCUUACGUUUGUCCCUUCCACCGCCGGUGUCUCGUUGAGCUCCUGGAACGCAAUGCCUGCUGUUGCGGACUGGUUCCAUGCCACGUCUGUUGGUGGACCCUCGCUCUUUACAAUUCUCUUUACGGACGCUGUCAUGACAGUAAUCUAUUUGUGCAGCGGCCUGUUUCUACAAAACAUCUAUCUGGAUCUAGGGCAGGCAGUCAUAGCUAUCUCUCUGAGCGGCGCUACUGCAGCGACAGACCGCUCGGGUCAGAGUGUUGCUGCCUGCAGUGCCCUCGUCUGCAUUUCUCAUUUCCUUCGUUAUAACAAAAUCCAUCUCAUGGGCUUGGAACAGCUGCGCUCGCUCUUGCAGAAUCUUGGUAUCGGCCAACAUUGGAAUCCCAUCCCCUCGUCCGAAUUUUCUUCUUCGCCCUAUGCCGCCUAUGGGUGGUACCGUGCUCUGCUUGGAUGUCACAUUCUGGCUCAAGGCAUACUAACUCUUGGUCGUCGCUCUCUCUCAGGGUAUUCUAAUCAAUCUCGCGGUAGUGCGAGCAAGAAACAAGAUCCGGAGGCAGCAUCGUAUGGAGACGGAGCGAAGUCGUCGACGAGUGCUGGCGAUUCGGGCCAGGAACUUGCUGGGAGCCUGGGCUCGGAUGGCCGGCCUCUCGCACCGUCUUCAGCGAUGCGCGAUGGCAAUCAACGUGUUUUGAAAACCAGGAAUAAGAAAAAGCAUGCGAAUGUAGUUCGCAGUCGACAGCCGUUAUGGGCGGCCAUAGCCAGUACAAAAGUAACAUUUUUGAAAGAGAUGGAACAGAAACAAGCUUCCGAAGACCAAGCAGAAGCUACUGCUCACGACCUGACCAACGACAACCAGCUCCUCCCACGCAUUUCUACCGAAGACCGCAUCUCGAUAGUAGACAUUCGUCCUGCCGAUAUCUUGUUCCGUGCCCACCUUCCCUCUCUCUCCAACACUUCCAGAUCAAAGCCAGAUCCCGCCCAUCCUGUUGGUGCGGGUAUUGAUAAAUCGAAGCCUUUCUUUGUUCGUAUGAACGGGGCUGAUUGGGGAUCAACCAAGAUCAGUGAAGAAGGAGAAGGAGCAGAUAUAGUGUGGCAUGGUGAGAUACUUGGUUUGACCCCUUUAACUAACUACAGUUGUGAGCUAGUCAGCAUGUCUGACCAGAGCGUUCUGUGCAGCACCAGCCUUGUUACCCUACCUGCUCCUAGCGCCGAGCAGACCUCGAUUGUUACCGCACCCCCUCAACCGCAAUCUCUCCGUCCACUUUCGCCUAUCUCAACCUUGAAGCAGUCUAUUGCCGCCGCCGAGAUGAAACGCGAAGAUGCCAGAAACAAGCUUAAGCGUGCACGCCGUGAUCACAAAAACGCCGCCUCUGCUGUACGCAAAGAGAUCGAUCAGCUCAAUGCCAAGGUUGCUUCUAGCGGAGGCCAGGACGAACGCCAGCGACAGAGGAUCUUGCAGUUGACUCAACACUUGCGCCAAGCCAACGAGGCGACUGUUGCUCUCAAGGACGAGACCGACGCUUUGGGAGAGAUUCCUCAGGCUGAGCUUCGCGAGUACAAUGAGAAGAAGCGUGCUUGGCAGGCUGCUUGUGACAAGAAGUCUGCCGCCAUUGCUGAUCUCGAAGCUGCCAAAUCUCAAGCCCAGCGUGAAGUCUCGCAAGUGACAUCCGAGUUGACUUCAGCUGCCCAGAAGCGUGAACGACUCAGUACCCGCAAAGGAAAGCUGACGGAGCAACUCGACCGCCUGACCAACCAAAAGAGAGCAGACUUGAGCGCCAAACAAAAGCACGAGCAGGAGCGAGCCAACAGAAUCUCCGAGUAUCAGCGCCAGGAAGCAAACCUCUUGUACUGGACGCAGCAAAGCAACAAAGAUGCCGAAGACAAUACUGUUCGUGCUAAUGAGGCAUUUGCACACAUGGAAUACCUCAGCAAUGUUGUCGCACAACAGCAACAAGCUCUCUCUGGACCUCCUACUCCUGAAGGCAACCUCCCUGGUACCAACGGACCCACCAAUCGCCAACCCACCGCAUUUGACUUCAGCAUGUUUGGUGGUGGAUUUGGACAAGGAUUUGGGGGUCUGAGCAAUGGCGGUGCGACUCAAGUCAGAGGACGCAGCAGCUCGAUGCUUUCGGGCUACAGCGGAUUCACUGAUGACGAUUUUGACACCAUGGCUGGGGCAGAGAGUGCACAACACGAAGCGCUGUUGCUGGAGAACGACAAAGGCAAGGGCAGGUUGGCUAGCAGUCCGAUCGGUAGCAAGUAA